UCCGGUCCGUUACUCCAGUUCAGCCUGACAAAAAUGGCGGCAACGGCAACCGUCACCACCUACCACAGCGGAGUGUUUGUGUUUGGGCGGCGCCGCCCGUCUCAAUUCAUAUGACUGCAAGCUCAACCGGAAGCAAAUAGGUACGGAAAUAGAGGUGGUGAAAAAGAUGCAGAUUAACUGCUCGAACAAAUGUCAAAGAGCUGAAGGGAGUUAUUGCUUAAACGAGCAUGUUUGAUCUGAAUGCAAGGCUUCUGGUUUCGGAUUUGUUCAUGUAGUGUACAUGGGAGGUAUCCAACAGCACGACCAGUACUCAGUUUCGGCGACCCAUUUGGACAUGCUUCAACAAGUCAUGCAAAGCAGUUUUGUUAGUGAAUCCUUGGUGAGGAGUUACAACAGGAGUUUCAAUGCCUUUGCAGCCAAUCUCACUAAAACAGAAAGAAACAAGUUGGCUAGAUUUGAAGAAGUAGUUUCGAUUUUCCCUUCUCGUACUCUACAAACUCAGACAACAAGAUCAUGGGAUUUCAUGGGAUUCCCCGAAGAUGUAGAAAGAAUGCCAGCAGCUGAAAGCAACAUCAUUGUUGGCGUCAUCGACACCGGAGUCUGGCCUGAAUCGGAAAGCUUCAACGAUCGCGGCUACGGUCCUCCACCUAAGAAAUGGAAAGGAGCAUGCAGAGGUGGCAAGAACUUCUCUUGCAACAAGAAGUUGGUAGGUGCGCGAUUCUACGGCCCCGUGUCCGACUCAGCUCAAGACAUGUACGGCCACGGGACUCACACAGCGUCCACGGCUGCGGGUCGGGUGGUGAAAAACGCGAGCUUCUACGGAUUAGGCCGCGGAACAGCGAGAGGAGGAGUACCCUCCGCAAGAAUUGCCAUCUACACAGUUUGCUCUCCUCUAUGCCUAGACACUGACAUCCUAGCUGCAUUCGAUGACGCUAUAGCUGAUGGAGUAGACAUCAUCUCGAUCUCCAUCUCCUUAGGCGAUCCCGUUGAUAUCAAGUACGACGCGAUCUCCAUCGCUGCUUUUCAUGCCGUGCAAAAGGGGAUACUAACGGUGCAGUCCGCUGGCAACAAUGGGCCGAUACGGGGAGGCAUCAGCAGCGUCGCGCCGUGGGUGUUCUCAGUCGGAGCGAGCACUCUUGAUAGAGCUUUUUUUGAUAGAGUUGAGCUCGGAAAUGGCCGUGUUGUUGAAGGUGGUGCUAUUGAUACUUUUAAGAGGAAGAGAGUGAAAUGGCCUCUUGUUUAUGGGAAGGAUGUUUCUAGAAACUGCACUGAAGUAAACUCCAAGAAAUGUGCUGAAGGAUGUUUGACCAAAACUCUAGUGAGAAACAAGAUUGUAGUUUGUGAUGAAUUAGCAGAUUCAACUGAGGCAAUCCUUGCUGGUGCAGCUGGGAUCAUCAAGAAAACACGCUCCAUCUACCCUCCCUUUGUCGUCCCGUUCCCGGAAUCGAGGCUAACGCAUCGAGCGUUCGCCUCGAUUCUCAGCUACAUCAACUCCUCAAAGCAAGCAGGUACAAUCCCUAAAGCAUAUAUCUCAUCAACAAAAACUAGGUAUGACCACUCAGCUCCAAGAGUUCCUGGUUUUUCAGCUAGAGGGCCAAAUCUCAUCAUUCCAAACAUUCUAAAGCCUGAUGUGACGGCGCCUGGGACGACCAUCUUGGCUGCGUUUUCGCCUGCUGUAACGCCUAGCUUGCUCGUCGACAAGAGAGCUGUCAACUUCAGCAUUCUUUCUGGAACAUCAAUGGCUUGCCCUCAUGUAUCUGGAGCUGCUGCUUAUGUGAAGUCUCUCCGGCCGGAUUGGUCGCCAGCCGCCGUCAAAUCGGCACUCAUGACUACAGCGUGGAGCUUGAAAAAACAAAAAAUCAAGGAUGCGGAAUUUGCAUACGGGGCCGGACACAUCGAUCCGGUUAGGGCCACAAGUCCCGGGCUCAUCUAUGACACCUCAAUCAACGAUUACAUCAAUCUACUAUGUAGUUUGGGGUACAACACAACAACAGUACGACAAAUAACUAGAGACAACAAAAGCAAUUGCCCGAAAACCGGCAAUGUUGGAUCAAAACAUCAUGAUCUCAACUAUCCUACAAUGGCUGUCAAAGUUGAGAGGAAUGCAUCGUUUUCGGUUAAGUUUACGAGAAGGGUGACUAAUGUUGGCCGUGCAAAGGCCGUCUAUCGGGCCAAGAUCGUCAGAGGUUCUGGUAUCAGCAUCACUGUGAGGCCGAGGAUUUUGAGGUUUAAGGCCUUGAACGAGAGGAAAUCUUUUGUUGUUAGUGUAGAAGGGAAUAUUGGUGGCAAGAAAAAGAUUGGUGCUUCACUUGAAUGGAGAGAUGGAAUCCAUAGAGUUAGAAGUCCAAUUGUUGUGUAUGAUGAUACUGCUUUUUAGAAGCAUUAUCAUUUUAUUUUCUUGUGUUCAAUCAUAUUUUAAACUUGGCAACUUCUUGUGCUUCAAUUUAUGGUUAAUUGUAGAAAAUGAUGCAAUGUUUAUUUAAAUUUGUAAUAUUCCUCUGA